AUGGCUCUCAUUCGACAACGCCGCCAGCUUAAUCUCCGCCUCCCCUUGCCCGAACCCUCCGAGUGCCGCCCAUGUUUCUCUGUUUCCCUCCCUCCCACCGCUGUUGUUACCACCGCCGUCACAAACAACCCUUCCUUUGGCGCUAUCUCCGCCGCCGAUCUUGAGAAACUUCAAGUCCUUGGCCACGGUAACAGCGACACCGUCUACAAGGUAAAUCACAAGCGGACUUCCACCACCUACGCUCUCAAACUCAUCCAUGGCAACUCCAACGACCCUACAGUCCGCCGUCAGCUCUUCCUCGAGAUGGAGAUCCUCCGCCGCACUGACUCUCCCCACGUCAUCCGCUGCCACGCUAUCUUUGAGAAGCCGUCGGGAGAUAACGGCAUCCUCAUGGAGUACAUGGACUCCGGCUCCCUCGAGACCUUGCUUAAAGCCCAAGGCACCUUCUCUGAGCCCAAUCUUGCCCACGUCGCCAGCCAAGUUCUUAACGGCCUCAACUACCUCCACAACAACAAGAUCAUCCACCGCGACAUCAAACCCGCCAAUGUUUUGGUGAAUAGCAACAUGGAAAUGAAAAUCGCCGACUUUGGCGUGAGCAAGAUCCUGUGCCGGACCUUGGACGCCUGCAAUUCCUACGUGGGUACUUGUGCUUACAUGAGCCCUGAAAGAUUCAACCCGGAUAUUUACGGCGGCAAUUACAACGACUACGCCGGUGACAUAUGGAGCCUAGGGCUGACCCUGAUGGAGCUUUACAUGGGUCACUUUCCGUUGUUGCCUCUUGGUCAGAAACCCGACUGGGCCACUCUUAUGUGCGCCAUAUGUUUCGGAGAGCCGCCGAGCUUGCCCGAGGGGGUGUCAGAGGAGUUUCGGAGUUUCAUAGAGUGUUGCUUGCAGAAGGAGUCCGAAAAGAGGUGGACCGCCGCUCAGCUUUUGACCCACCCGUUCGUCUCUAAAGAUCCUCGUAUAUCCAUUUCCUAA